UGAAUGGAGAAAAUUGGGACAGUGAUGAAGAAGUCCAAGUUCCAUGGCCACUCAACAAAGCAGGAGGAAGGAAGCAGUCACAAACCAAAUACGUGGCAAGAAUUCUGAGAUUUGGUGAAGACACACGUGAACUGACGCCAUAUUUGAAAGCCGCUCAGGAUGGCAAGGAUGUACCCCUUACUGGUGAUUUGGAAUAUGGCAGAGGCAAGAGAAACAAACAGCCAAAGUCUUGGUCAUCAGACAGUGAGAGCAAGGAUGAAAGUGACGAGGAGACUCUAUCUGACAGACAGCAGAAGAAAAAGAGGAAAGUAAGCCGUACAGCUGUGAGAUAUGAUGCUCGGGCACAAUUGGAGGCCCAACUUGCUGCUCUGGGAAGAACUUCACCGAAAGAUACAUGUACAGAAAUGGAAUCCCUGAAGAAGGAAGUCCUCCAGUUGAGAGAGGAAAACAAAUCCCUUCGAGAUGCAUUGAGGGUUGUUGAAGGACUUCCUGGCCUGCUAAUGAAGAUGGACGACUUAUCACGUCAGGCAACAACACCAUCAGCUCGACAUCCUGCUGUCGAUCUGCAGAUACCGACAACUUCUGCGAUUGGCCAAUCCGUACCAUCAACAUUGGUACAGACUACCGAGAGAUUGUCACAGCCACCGUAUCCUUCAACGCCAACCAGUCACAGAUCUUCGCCAGUGCCAUUCAGGUCACCAACUGUGACACCGACACAGGCCCAUCUACGGCGGGUGUUUGAUUACGAGGUCGAUGAGGAUGGCCAGGUUGAUUUGGGGUAUGGGGUGGCAGUCAAUGCCAAUAACCUGCAGUAUGUUAGCAGAUCAGACCUAAAGAAAACUACAUAUACAGUUUGUGAGGUGGUGUUUACCAGAGAGGAGCUGGCCAACAGCAGCUUGACAGGAAAAAAAUCCAAUGCUUUUAAGGAUAAGCAUGAGAAACCAAAACUGGAUGACAAGAAUGUGUCUGCUAUUAUUGAUUUUGUGAAGAAGCUCCAUCCCUCAAGUGAAGCAAAUGUGAUAAAGAAAAUCAUUGGAGUGAAACUGAACAUUGCGCAGAAAAUGGAAGAAAAGAAGGCCUCAGAAACAAAUUCUGCUGGACCUGUCUAGCCGUCUCUAACAGUCGGGGAAGCGCGGUGAUCAUGUUGAUUUAUGCUGCUGACAUUUAUUACUGGCCAUUCAGUGCCUCAUCCUGAAGGUUUUGGGUUUGAAACCAACUGGGGACUCCCAUCAAGUACUAGAAUUGGACCUUUCACACAAACUGACAAUUUGACAUUUUAUAUACAACAGGAGCAAAAGUCAAGAUUUGAGUUACAUGUAUAUAAUAAAUACAAGUCAACAUUCAUUCAACUGCAAUAUUUGUCUUUCUCCAUUGCCAGUGUUAGACCACAGAUUUUGUAGAAUGCCUGCCCAAUCAUUUCUACAUCAUUCUGAACCGUAUUCCACAGAAAGCCAUUCCAUAGGAGCCUGUUCUAUAGAACUACUCUUUAGAACUUUCUUCUAUAGCACUAUU